AAGUACCAAAGAUGGCGGACCUCCGUUGUUUAGGUGUCUGAGAUUUGAUUUUAACCAAGAAGUAAUAAAGGUAAAAGAUGGGAAAAUGUACGGAAAAGAAGAUUACGUUUUGAAAAUACGUUAUAAACUAACACGAUGAGAGGGGAUAAUAAUUGUAUAUUAUGUUUUAUUGGGCGGUGAUGUAGUUGAGAUGUUAGGCCUAACCCCGAGAUGGUUAGGAGAUGCUCCUAUUUGGAUUAAGAUACCUUUUAGGAGUCUGAAGUGACGUCAGAAAUGCUUUAAUUGAUUAUUCCAUGGAAUCUGUACAGUCCGGGUGUCGUGAGGACAGGUGGACGGCUAUUUAUGAUUAUGAAGCCACAGGCGAAGACGAGUUGUCUCUACGAAGGGGAGAACAGGUGGAGGUUUUGUCAAAAGAUGCGAAAAUUUCGGGCGACGACGGUUGGUGGACGGGUAAAAUCGGUGAUAAGGUCGGUAUCUUUCCCAGCAAUUUUGUCACGCAGCAAGAUGUGGACAAGGUGGAACCCGUUGGCGAUGAGGACAGGCCGUUCGAAAUUGCGUUUGCGGAAUUGGAACUGGAAGAGGUGAUCGGUGUCGGAGGCUUCGGCAAGGUGUACCGGGGUUACUGGAGAAACCAGGAGGUGGCGGUGAAGGCGGCCCGACAGGAUCCCGACGAGGACAUCAGUGUGACAACGGAGAACGUCAGACAGGAGGCCAAAUUGUUUUGGCUUCUAAACCAUCCCAAUAUCGUGGCGUUGAAGGGUGUGUGUCUCCAAGAACCGAAUCUAUGUUUGGUGAUGGAAUAUGCCAGGGGUGGCCCACUUAACAGAGUUCUUAGCGGAAGGAAGAUACCACCGGAUAUACUUGUCAACUGGGCCAUACAGAUAGCGCACGGGAUGAAUUAUUUACAUUCUGAAGCACCUAUUUCGCUCAUACAUCGGGAUUUAAAAUCAAGUAAUGUAUUACUUAGUGAACCUAUGGAAAAUGGUGCCUUGAAGAAUAAAACUUUAAAGAUAACAGAUUUUGGUUUGGCCCGUGAACUCUAUAAGACGACUAGAAUGUCUGCAGCUGGUACUUAUGCUUGGAUGGCUCCAGAAGUGAUCAAAUCAUCUACAUUUUCUAAAGCUAGUGAUGUUUGGAGUUAUGGUGUAUUGCUAUGGGAACUUCUAACAGGAGAAACUCCGUAUAAGGGCAUAGAUGCAUUAGCAGUAGCUUAUGGUGUUGCAGUCAACAAAUUAACUCUUCCUAUUCCUUCCACUUGUCCUACCCCAUUUUCAUGCCUUAUGGAAGCCUGUUGGAAUCCUGAUCCUCAUGGCAGACCAACAUUUGUGGAUAUCCUCAGGGAACUGGAAGAUAUUUCUAGAUCACCUUUCAUGAAUACACCCCAAGAAUCAUUCCAUACUUUACAAGAAGAUUGGAAACAUGAAAUAGCAGAAAUGUUUCAUGAACUCAGAUGCAAAGAAAAGGAAUUGCGUUGUCGAGAAGAAGAAUUAACAAAGGCUUUGCUACAACAAAAGAUUCAGGAAGAAUUUUUGAAGAAAAGAGAACAAGAAUUAGCAGAAAGAGAAAUAGAUCUUUUGGAAAGGGAGUUAAAUAUCAUGAUUUUGCAACAACAGCAAGGUCGUCCAACUCCAAAAAAGCGCAAAGGCAAAUUUAAAAAGAGCCGACUGAAACUAUUGAAAUAUGGUGGACAACAAAUUAGUAUGCCUUCAGAUUUUCGUCAUAACAUCACUGUCCAACCUUCACUUGCUAUUAGGCCAGAGAUUAAAGGCUUAAGAAUGUCAUCUAGUCCAGAAAGUCCUCCUGCUUCACCUAAUCUACCUCGCUUGCGAGCUUAUGCACGUGCAGAUGAAUGGCCAGAUAGUACGGGCUCACCCAGACAUAGUUUUUUUAAUGGAGCAGGUGUAAAUAGUGAUUCUGCAUCUUUAAAAUCAGUGACACUACAUCAACACAUGUUUGAUAUAGUGUUAUACAAUAUCGGUGCCAUGUUAGCAGGAAUUGCUGCAGGUUUUGACAUACGUGUCGCUGCUCAGUCACACAUUCAUCCUCGUUUGACACCUGCUUGGGCAGAUGACGAUGAAGAGGAAAGAAAGCUUUGGUUUCGAGAACCAGGUAUGCAUCUCUAUUUAUUUAUGUACAAUUUUAAUUAUAUUUGACAACUUAAGUAUUUUUGAAAAGUGCUUAUCCAUUAACUAGUGAUAAAUUUGUUGAUUGCAGAGAGAUUGUGCACUGAGUAACUGAUUAACUGUAUCUUUUUAACUCUAUAACUUUGUAAUUCAACUUCUCAUAUCAUUUUUGAAUAUUCUAAAUUACUUGCUGAACAUUUUAUAUAUUUAGAAUUAAUAAAUAUCUGAAGACAAAGUCCUCCCAAAAUUUAGAAUUAAUAUUAUCUGAUCAAAGACUAUAGAAUAUAAUGGUGACAGAAAGCUUUUUGAUUUAUAGAGCAAAUAUAAAUACUUAUUUCACAAUAAGUAAAAUAAAUAUAAAGUAUGUUCAUCAAAUCACAAACAUUUUAUGUUUUCCUUACAUAACAUAAUUUAAGCCACAACUACAGAAUGCUUACAUGCUGUAGUUAUUGCUGUAAAUACUUAACUUAUAAAAUGUAUAAUAAGUUUUUACAUUUUCUCUGAUUUUUCACUUUUUAUAAAUGGAAGAAUUGCUAGCAUGGUUCCAUACACAGUUACAUUGGAAUAAAGUAUUAAUAGGACUAAUCUGAAAUAAAUAUUUACAUAUGUACAGUGGUACCUCAGAUUACGAAUGCCCCAGCAUACGAAAUUUUCAGGAUACGACAUGAAAUUCGAACAUAUUUUUGCUCCACGAUACGAAC